GUCACGGCAGUUGGCGGGUGUCAGCUGAUUUGCUGCAGCGGCGGCGGCGGCGGCGGCGGUGGAGGCGGCAACGGGCGCCUCGCAGCCGCGCUACCGAGGCGGAGGCUGGGCUGGGGUUCCAGCCCGAAGUUUCCGCGCCCGGGUUUGCCCACCCGGCGUCCCGCCCGCACGCGUCCUCGCCUGGUCCUCUUGGCCGGAGGGACGGGAAAUAGCCCGGCACACGAUGAGGCUGUGACAGGUUUGCCGGCAGGAUGGCAGGAAACAGCCUCGUGCUACCCAUCGUGCUGUGGGGCCGCAGAGCCCCGACGCACUGCAUCUCAGCCGUGCUGCUGACGGACGACGGGGCCACAGUCGUGACCGGCUGCCACGACGGGCAGAUAUGCCUCUGGGACCUUUCUGUAGACUUGGACGUCAACCCUCGAGCGCUGUUGUUUGGUCACACGGCGUCAAUCACCUGUUUGUCUAAAGCUUGUGCGUCUAGUGACAAACAGUAUAUUGUGAGCGCAUCUGAGAGUGGGGAGAUGUGCCUCUGGGACGUGAAUGAUGGCAGAUGUAUUGAAUUUACAAAAUUAGCUUGCACACAUACUGGCAUACAGUUCUACCAGUUCUCUGUUGGAAGUCAGAGAGAAGGAAGGCUUCUAUGCCACGGUCAUUAUCCUGAAAUCCUUGUGGUGGAUGCCACCAGCCUUGAAGUGUUAUACUCCUUAGUCUCAAAGAUCUCUCCAGACUGGAUCAGCUCCAUGAGUAUUAUUCGAUCCCACCGAACACAAGAGGACACUGUGGUGGCACUCUCAGUGACGGGCAUCUUGAAGGUGUGGAUUGUCACCUCGGAAAUAAGUGACCUGCAGGUGAGACAAAGGAGGCCUGAAGAUACUGAGCCAAUAUUUGAGGAAGAAUCCAAACCGAUUUACUGUCAGAAUUGCCAAAGCAUCUCUUUCUGUGCGUUCACACAAAGGUCGCUUUUGGUGGUGUGCUCCAAGUAUUGGAGGGUAUUUGAUGCUGGAGACUACUCCCUGUUGUGCUCGGGUCCGAGUGAAAACGGGCAGACAUGGACAGGAGGUGACUUUGUCUCAGCUGAUAAAGUCAUCAUCUGGACUGAAAAUGGGCAGAGUUAUAUUUACAAACUACCUGCCAGUUGCCUUCCAGCUAGUGAUUCAUUCCGCAGCGAUGUGGGGAAAGCAGUUGAAAAUUUAAUUCCUCCAGUACAACAUAGCCUCUUGGAUCGAACAGAUAAAGAGUUGCUAAUUUGUCCUCCUGUGACUCGAUUCUUCUAUGGAUGCAAAGAAUACUUCCACAAACUAUUAAUUCAGGGUGAUUCUUCUGGAAGAUUGAAUAUUUGGAACAUAUCAGACACACCUGAUAAACCGGAAGGGCUGGAAAUGACCACGUCCAUUAGUUUGCAAGAGGCAUUUGAUAAACUGAAUCCAUGUCCUGCUGGAAUUAUAGAUCAGCUGAGCGUGAUCCCCAACAGUAACGAACCUCUUAAGGUGACGGCAAGUGUGUACAUACCAGCGCAUGGACGACUCGUCUGUGGCCGUGAAGACGGAAGCAUCGUUAUCGUCCCCGCCACGCAGACGGCCAUCGUGCAGCUGCUGCAGGGCGAGCACAUGCUCCGCAGAGGCUGGCCUCCUCACAGGACACUCCGUGGCCAUCGGAGCAAAGUCACGUGUUUGCUGUACCCUCAUCAGGCCUCAGCCCGUUAUGAUCAAAGAUACCUCAUAUCUGGAGGCGUGGAUUUCUCGGUCAUCAUUUGGGACAUAUUUUCUGGAGAAAUGAAACAUAUCUUCUGUGUCCAUGGUGGCGAGAUCACUCAGCUUCUAGUUCCACCUGAAAACUGUAGUGCAAGAGUGCAGCACUGCAUCUGUUCUGUAGCCAGUGACCACUCAGUUGGACUUCUAAGUUUGCGAGAGAAAAAAUGCAUUAUGCUGGCGUCCCGUCAUCUUUUCCCCAUUCAAGUAAUCAAGUGGAGGCCUUCUGACGAUUACCUGGUGGUGGGAUGUUCAGACGGCUCCGUGUAUGUCUGGCAAAUGGAUACUGGAGCGCUGGACCGGUGUGUGAUGGGGAUCACGGCUGUGGAGAUCCUGAACGCCUGUGAUGAAGCAGCCCCCGCUGCUGUCGACUCGCUGAGCCACCCGGCCAUCAACCUCAAACAAGCCAUGACACGCCGCAGCCUUGCUGCUCUGAAGAACAUGGCCCAUCACAAGCUGCAGACUCUUGCCACUAACCUCUUGGCCUCUGAGGCAUCUGACAAAGGAAAUUUACCUAAAUAUUCGCAUAAUUCCCUGAUGGUUCAAGCAAUAAAGACAAACUUAACAGACCCGGACAUACACGUGCUCUUCUUUGAUGUGGAAGCGCUGAUUAUUCAACUCUUGACUGAAGAAGCCUCUAGGCCGAACGCGACGCUUAUUUCCCCAGAGAAUCUGCAGAAAGCACCUGGCAGUUCAGACAAAGGGGGCUCUUUUCUAACCGGAAAACGAGCAGCAGUCCUGUUCCAACAAGUGAAGGAAACCAUCAAAGAGAACAUAAAGGAGCACCUCCUGGAUGACGAAGACGAGGAUGAAGAGGCGGUGCGGCAGAGGCGGGAAGACAGUGACCCCGAGUAUCGGGCCAGCAAGUCCAAGCCGCUGACGCUGCUGGAGUAUAACCUGACGAUGGACACCGCCAAGUUGUUCAUGUCCUGCCUCCACGCCUGGGGCUUGAAUGAGGUUCUGGACGAAGUGUGCCUCGACCGCCUGGGGAUGCUGAAACCCCACUGCACGGUGUCCUUUGGCCUCUUAUCGCGAGGGGGUCACAUGUCCCUGAUGCUUCCGGGUUAUAACCAGGCGGCUUGUAAACUGUCCCGUGGGAAAGCCGAAGUGGGAAGGAGGCUGGCGGCCACCGAGGGCGUCGGGAAGGGGACCUACGGCUUGUCCCGGGCCGUCACCACGCAGCAUCUCCUGUCUGUCAUAUCUUUGGCAAACACCUUGAUGAGUAUGACCAAUGCAACUUUUAUUGGUGAUCAUAUGAAGAAGGGCCCUACCAGGCCACCUAGACCAAGCACCCCAGACCUUCCUAAGGCAAGGGGUUCCCCUCCAACUUCCAGUCAUAUUGUGCAAGGACAAAUUAAACAAGUGGCUGCACCUGUCGUUUCCGCUCGGUCUGAGGCUGAUCAGUCUGGCUCUGACCCUGCUUCCACUCCUGCUUUACAUACCUGUUUCUUAGUAAAUGAAGGAUGGAGUCAGCUGGCUGCCAUGCACUGUGUUAUGCUGCCAGACCUGCUGGGAUUGGACAAGUUCAGGCCCCCGCUCCUAGAGAUGUUGGCUCGGAGAUGGCAGGAUCGAUGCUUGGAGGUCAGAGAAGCUGCACAGGCCCUGCUUCUAGCCGAACUGAGAAGAAUUGAGCAGGCGGGACGGAAGGAGGCCAUUGAUACCUGGGCUCCUUACUUACCUCAGUACAUGGACCACGUCAUAUCACCGGGGGUCUCAGCAGAAGCCAUGCAGACUAUCGCCACUGCUCCUGAUGCCUCGGGGCCAGAAGCCAAAGUCCAAGAGGAGGAGCACGACCUUGUGGAUGAUGACAUCACGACUGGUUGCUUAUCAAGUGUCCCACAAAUGAAAAAAAUUUCCACAUCUUAUGAGGAAAGACGGAAGCAAGCUACCGCUAUUGUUUUACUGGGAGUGAUAGGAGCUGAAUUUGGUGCUGAAAUUGAACCUCCGAAACUGUUGACUAGACCUCGAAGCUCUAGUCAGAUUCCUGAAGGGUUUGGUUUGACUAGUGGUGGAUCCAACUACUCACUGGCCAGACACACUUGUAAGGCCCUGACAUUUCUUCUGCUGCAGCCGCCAAGCCCUAAGCUUCCUCCACACAGUACCAUCCGCAGAACAGCCAUUGAUCUAAUUGGACGUGGUUUCACAGUCUGGGAGCCUUACAUGGAUGUGUCUGCUGUCCUUAUGGGGCUUCUUGAACUUUGUGCUGAUGCCGAGAAACAACUUGCCAACAUCACAAUGGGGCUGCCUUUGAGCCCUGCCGCCGACUCCGCCCGCUCCGCACGGCAUGCCCUCUCCCUCAUUGCCACGGCCAGACCACCGGCCUUCAUCACCACCAUCGCCAAAGAGGUGCACAGACACACUGCUCUCGCCGCAAACACCCAGUCUCAACAGAAUAUGCACACCACCACUCUUGCCCGAGCGAAAGGGGAAAUUCUGAGAGUCAUUGAAAUUCUUAUUGAAAAGAUGCCGACAGAUGUCGUGGACCUUCUUGUGGAGGUUAUGGACAUCAUUAUGUACUGCCUUGAAGGAUCUUUAGUUAAAAAGAAAGGACUUCAGGAAUGUUUUCCAGCCAUCUGCAGGUUCUACAUGGUCAGCUAUUAUGAGCGGAAUCACAGAAUAGCCGUUGGAGCUCGCCACGGUUCAGUGGCCCUGUACGACAUUCGGACUGGAAAAUGUCAGACAAUCCAUGGACACAAGGGACCAAUCACUGCAGUGGCCUUUGCCCCGGAUGGACGGUAUCUUGCCACCUACUCGAACACGGACAGCCACAUUUCUUUCUGGCAGAUGAACACGUCCCUGCUGGGGAGCAUCGGCAUGCUGAACUCGGCACCCCAGCUGCGCUGCAUCAAGACCUACCAGGUGCCCCCGGUGCAGCCCGCCUCCCCCGGCUCGCACAACGCCCUGCGGCUGGCCCGGCUCAUCUGGACCUCGAACCGCAACGUCAUCCUCAUGGCGCAUGACGGCAAGGAGCACCGCUUCAUGGUCUAGGGCUGCGGCCCGUGAGCUCCGUCUCCCAGGUCUCCAAGUCCAGAGCCCCCCUCCCUCGGCCCCCACCCCCCACCCCGCGCCGGGGUCAUGGGGGCAGCGGGGUCUGUGUCCUCCUGCCCCCGCCCCCGUGGGCUGGGGCAGCCCGCGGCCCCGCAGGACCCGCCGCCCUGUCCCCAGGUUGUCCCCCCACCCCCACCCCCGCAGCAGGAGGGGCGGCUGGCAGUCCUGUUGCUCCAUGCGCCGGGAGCCCGAAAAUCAAUAACCACUGUGAUUGCACUGCCAGCGAAGAUGAGCAGUUCCCGAGCGCUGAACCCCGCAUCCAGCCGAGGUGGCACCUGGUCCUUCCGACACUGGGUUUUAUGGUCGUGUGGCAGUCCUAAUCAUUGAUACUAUUUUCCUUUGGAUUUCCUAAAAGAUGCUAUCGUUUACCAGAAGGAUUCUGUGUUUACAUGAUCUCUCUUUUUUUUCCUUUCUGGGAGAUUGCUCGGAAAUUACUCAAUCCAAUUUCCUAGGGUUUAGCCACUACCUUCUUUAUUAACAACUAACCAAUUGAAGAUUAAUGAGAAAAUACACACACACACACACACACACACAGAUUUUCGUGGAGAAUAGUUUCCUGGACACCCAGCCUUCCAAAAUGCUCAUAUCCUGUUCAAGUGAUGCUAUAUUUAGUAGCUGAAAAUCAAAAUCAUCACUACUGAGAUCUAGUUAAUAUAAUCAUCCAGUCACCAGAACUAAUCUCUGACAUGGACUUUUGUAAUAAAGAUCCAAGUUUGGAAGCAUAGCAUACACCUGAAAAGAAGAUUCUUGUGUCUAUAGCUACAGAUCUUUUUAAGAAAGAGCUUACCCCUUCCUUCUAGAAGCUUCACAGACCUGCAGUUCCCAUAUGUCAGCUAUCAUGUUAUAGUUACAAUUCAGCCUUCAAACCACUACUGACCAGUUAAAGGAAAACUAAGACAAUAUUUCUUUUAAACAAGUGUCCUAGAAAAUCAUUAUGGCACAGGCAUUUGGGAGUAUACAGUCACCCUCAGUGUCUGCGGGAAAUCAGUUCUAGGAGCCCCGAGGAUACCAAAGUCCACAUGUACUCAAGUCCCUGGUAUGAAAUGGCAGAGUACACGAAGGGCCGGCUGUAUGUACACCUGGGGGGCCGGCUGUAUGUACACCUGGGGGGGCCGGCUGUAUGUACACCUGGGGGGGGGGCGGCUGUAUGUACACCUGGGGGGGCCGGCUGUAUGUACACCUGGGGGGCUCAGUCAGUCUGAACAAGCACUGCAGCGAGGGUGUUCAUCCCACUUCUAAGUAAACUUUAACUAGGGCACUUUCUUCUCCUUCUGUCAGAUUAUGCUGGUUCCUUGCUCAUAAUAAUGGGGAAAAAAAAUCCAUAAAAUAAUAUUUUGGAUGACUUGCUCCUAACAACCUUGAUAUGUAUAUAGUUGGGAACUUGGCUGGUUGGCUGUUGAUUGGUUGGUUAAUUAGGCAAAAUGGUUUAUUAAAUACAAAAAUAGAAAGUGAUUUAUUAAAUUCAGAAAAAAAAAUAUGAAGUUUACAAAGAAACCAAAAGUGGUAAAGGGAGCAUCUGAUUAAAAAAAACCUAGGCUGACAGAGUUCUUAUACAAAAAAGUAUGAUCUCAGUCCAGGAACAAAGACAGCUGUCACUUCAUUGAAACAGAUUUCUAAAGAACACGUUAGGAAAUCAAGUCCACCAGAACACCUCUCUCAUAGUGAUAAGAAGUAUGUCAUGUCUAUUGAUGGCAAACCCACCCUAUACCUUGGUUUUAGACUUUAGGUAGUCCUCAAAAGUGAAUUCCUGCCACAUGCAUGUACAUUGUAUUUAUAAAGAUCAUAUAUGUAGCUUCCCAGGAAGAAACUAAGAACUAUACAACGUAGACUUGGUUUGGUGAGUGAGCUAUUGUGUCCAAUAUAGACAGAAAAGCCUGAGAAGAACACCGAGGGGCUCUCAUUUUUCCAGUGGUUUCCCGAGUCUUCAGUGCAAAUACCCAGCACAUGUUUACCUUAUGAACUGAAAUGAAGAUUAAUUUAUUCUAGACUACAAAGCUGCUUUGGAAUGAUGACGUACAGGUAUACUUUAGAGAUUUUUUUUUUUUUUUUGAAAAAACAAAAUGUUCACUGCGUCAGAAGGAAGGUGUGAGAUUUGUGGGCAGGCCACCCCCAAAGAACAGACCGCACGCCCCACGGAAGUUUAGAAGAAAGCUGUGAGGACCUGGGCAGUGGGGCUCGGCCAGCCACAUACCCCGGCUGCAGAGACAGCCGUGAUUGUUGGCGAGCAGAGCGUGACUGUCGUAGGACGCCGAGGCGGACGGCAUCUGCUGGUUAGACAGUCACCUCUAACUGCUACACUAACAUUUGCAUUCUUGUUCCCACAAAUCUCUCCUUGGCUCUUUGAACAACCACCGCUGCAAACUUCAUCACAGCUCAGACGUCUCAGCACUGAGGUCGACUUUAUAUUGUCCUCCCGGCGUGCGCUUUUGGUGUCUUAUUGAUUUUGUUGGCGCUGUACUUGGACCUGUCCUUGUAAACGUAGAGGCGUACGCGUGGCUUCACUGGUAAUGUCCAAGCUCAGGGUGCUGCGUCCUGACACCUGUAUGAAAACAUGAUGAUUGAACUCACUGCGUCCAGCACGUGAAGUAAAACGUCUGCCUCUCGAGAUGCCUCUUGAUGACGCCACUUAACAGAUUCUAAAUGUGCUGACUGUCCCUGUGUACAUAUGUGUGUUAAAAUAAAACCGAACUGUACCGAA